AAAAUUCUCAUUUGCAGAGGAAAGCUCAGGGAAAGGAAGAACAGCGGAAGAAGAUCCCUGAUUCUCAGACUCUCUCUUGCUUUCAGUGUACACUUUCCAUUUCUACUUCCAAAAUUCAGAGAAAGCAAGAAAACGAGGGAAGGAGGAGGAUGAAAAAAAUGAAAAAACAGAGAAAGACCCAGCUUCUUCACUUUUCAUGACGAAUUCGAAAAAUUGGUGUUGGCUCAUUCAGGGAAGCUAUAAGGUGUUGCCGAGCUCUCCUUGGACCUUGACUAUAUGGUAGUGGGUUGACUCCGGAGGAGGGUCGCUGCUGAAGGUAAAUUGGAGUUUGGUUUCUAAAUAUAUAGUUGAUAUGGGUAUCUUGAGAUUUGCUGCUUGUUUUGAAGCUCGUGGGAAAUUACUUGAUGAUGAAGCUUGUUUGUUAGGCUGAGAGGCCUUUUUGAGCUUCACCAAAGUUUGCAGUUGGAGCUAGAAAGAUUUACCACUCGUAGAGGAGUUGAUUUCAUUACUGACAUGGGCUGUGAGUGUUCUAAGUUAACAGCCUGUUGUUGGAGCACAGAUCAAAACAAAUCUAUUCCUGAGGCCCGUGAUGCUGAAAAUGAGGAGAAGAGCGAGGUUGAUGACUUGCCUCUGUUCUGCGAAUACUCUAUAGACGCACUGAGGAUGGCUACAUCCGGGUUUUCUGUAGAGAACAUUGUUUCUGAACAUGGAGAAAAGGCUCCAAAUGUGGUAUACAAGGGGAAGUUAGAAAAUCAAAAGCAGAUUGCUGUUAAGAAAUUUAAUAGAUCUGCAUGGCCGGAUGCCCGACAGUUCUUGGAAGAAGCAAAAGCUGUUGGUCAGCUUCGGAACAACAGAUUGGCAAACUUACUUGGUUGUUGCUGUGAAGGUGAGGAGAGGUUGCUUGUUGCAGAAUUUAUGCCCAAUGACACAUUGGCCAAGCACCUAUUUCAUUGGGAAACACAGCCAAUGCAAUGGGCAAUGCGACUACGGGUAGCUUUGCAUAUUGCACAGGCUCUGGAAUACUGUACCAGCAAAGGACGUGCACUUUAUCAUGAUCUUAAUGCAUAUAGAAUUGUUUUUGAUGAUGAGGCCAAUCCCAGACUUUCAUGCUUUGGUCUUAUGAAGAACAGCAGAGAUGGAAAAAGUUAUAGUACAAACCUGGCCUUUACUCCGCCUGAGUAUCUGAGGACAGGAAGGGUAACAUCAGAAAGUGUAAUAUAUGGUUUUGGCACCCUUCUGCUUGAUCUUAUCAGUGGAAAACAUAUUCCUCCAAGCCAUGCGGUGGACCUUAUACGUGACAGGAAUAUUCAGAUGCUAACAGACUCUUGUUUGGAAGGCCAAUUUUCAAAUAAUGAUGGGACUGAGUUAGUGCGUUUAGCGUCACGUUGUUUGGAAUAUGAACCUCGAGAGCGACCAAAUUCAAAGUCAUUGGUUGCUGCACUAAUUCCUCUACAGAGGGACAGUGAGGUUCCUUCUCACGUAUUAAUGGGCAUACAGAAUCCCUCUGCAGCCUUACCCUUAUCCCCACUUGGCGAGGCCUGCUUAAGAAUGGAUUUGACUGCCGUACAUGAGAUCCUAGAAAAGAUUGGCUAUAAGGAUGAUGAAGGUGCAGCUACAGAGCUUUCUUUCCAGAUGUGGACCAACCAAAUGCAGGAAACUCUAAAUUCUAAGAAAAAGGGUGAUGCUGCUUUUAGGCACAAGGAUUUCAGAGCUGCCAUUGAAUGUUAUACCCAGUUCAUUGAUGUUGGGACCAUGGUUUCGCCAACUGUAUAUGCUCGUCGAAGUCUAUCUUACCUCAUCAGUGACAUGCCACAGGAAGCCAUAAAUGAUGCUAUGCAAGCUCAGGUGAUAUCUCCUGUCUGGCAUAUUGCAUUUUAUUUACAAGCUGCCGCUCUUUCAGCACUAGGAAAGGACAAUGAGGCACAAGCAACUCUCAGGGAUGGUUCUAUGCUUGAAAGUAAAAGAAAUGGUACUGCAUGAAAAUUGGAAUCCCUCUUUUAUCUUUCAUGGCAACUAGAAGGAUGACUAUCAAUUGGCAAAAUCAAACUUUCCAAGGGCUAAAAGACCCCCUUGGGGUGGAAUGGAUCCAUAAAAUUCAAAUCUUCUUCAAACAUUUGUUUCCAACAUUAUUGGCUGUGGGUUUGUUUUGGUCAGUUUGAUAGGGGUAUUGGGACAAAAUUCUAUUCAUUUAAAAAACCAUCCUCCCUUCAUCUUUUGACACAACCAUUGUAAUAAUUAAGGAAAAGAACUAUAUGUUUGUAGAGGAGUCUCAACGUCGUUUAAAGUUACAUUUAAAGGGUGAAUAGAAGAUGUUGCCGUGCUUGUAAUUUAUGUACAGUGUUUUCAUCCCUGGAUAAGAAACCCUGUUAAUGACU